CUCGUAGGCAAAGGUACGUUAAAGACGUGACAAAAUGACGGCCACCACUUGAGGGAUAAACCGCUGGUUUAGGUUGUAGUUUAAAAAUAUGGCGCAAGAGAGUGAAACCGGAGAUGUUGACAGAGAGAGCGGGGAGUCGUGGAAGCGACGCCCGGGCGGAGGCGUGCGGAGUCGGCAGCGCUCCGGAGACACCGCGGUGCAGGUGCGGGCCGUGAAGGCGGCGCUGAUGGACGCUCUGGGACCUCAUGAGCGACUCAUCACCUACAUGCAAGCGGUUCUUUUGUGGGAGAAACCUGUACACAGCGUGCUUCUGUACACUCUCACCAACUGCGGCUUCUGGUUCUUUGCUUUGAGCUCGGUGAGACUGCUCUUCCUGUUGGCUUUGGGACUGGCUCUGGUGGUGUGUGUCGACAUGUGGAGGAACAAGAUUUGGCCCAAGAUCAAAGUGAAGCGAGUGGAUGAGAGCGAAAAUGAAAGCUGGGGCCUGGUGCAGCCCGGCACCAUGAGCGUACCCGAGUUGUGCCACCACAUGGCCGAAGUUUGGGUGAGCGUAAAGUCGUCCGCUGUCGAUCUUGUCGAGUUUAAACGACACAACCCCGGACAGUUCUGUGUGCUGGUCUGUGGGCUGUUCUCUUUCUUGGCCAUGGUGGGGCGCUACAUCCCUGGAGUCUUCCUGUCUUACGUCGCAGUGUGGGACGUGUUGUUGUGUCCGCUGGCGAUUUACUAUCGGCUCUUACCUCGUGUGUGUGUGAGGCUGGAGCCAGCCCUGCAGUGGCUGGACUUCAGCGUCAAAGGCUACAUGAUGUCAAAGCCCAUAGACAAUCAGUUCCUUCGGCGACCGAUCCGAAGUGGCACCUCUGGUGACACCAGCGACAGCGAGGAGGAGCUGGCUGCCUUCUGCCCUACAUUUGAUGAAGCGAUGGUUGCUAAGGAACUAGCGAUGACCGAUUCGGAGCACUCGGAUGCGGAAGUCUCGUACACAGAGAACGGCACCUUUAACCUGUCCAGGGGACAGACGCCUCUCACCGAUGGCUCAGAGGAGCUCGACAGGCACAGUGACCCAGAGGAAUCGUUUGCUCAGGACCUCCCAGAUUUCCCGUCGAUAAACCCAGAUGCAACGUUGAUGGAGGAUGAUGACGAACCCAGCCUCGGGCUGCCUAGCAUGGGCUCGAUCGGCAUCUCUGGCACUCGCGCUUCCACCUCCUCCGCCCUGCUGGACCUGGACACGCAGCUGGACUCGGACCAGGACGACCUCGACACUGACCUCUCGCUCGGCGGCCUCAACAUGUCCUCUGACAUCACCGGCAAUCUAGCGAGCCUCCUGGCCAGCAACAUGAUUCAAGCGGCUCUCUCUGGGGCCCUGCAGGGUCCUCACGGAUACAGGAAAGAGUCGAGCUCAGAGCUGGACCUGGACUUGGACCAGGACCAGGACCAGGAUGACUUUGAGCUGCUGGAUCAGUCCGAGCUCAACCAGAUGGAUCCUUUAGGGGGCUCGGGGACGAGAGGAAGCAGCCAGAACAGAACACAGGGAUCCAGCUUUCUGUCCAACCUGCUGGGGAAGCCACAGUGAGCCGUGUGUGUGUGUGUGUGUGUGUGUGUGUGUGUUCUGAUACACACCUACCUAUAUUACCACCUUCUACCUGUCCAUUCUCUAGAGCAUAGCGAAGAGCCAGUUUGCAGUGUGUGUACAUAUAGGUGUGUGUAAUGCACAGGUUAUGAAUGUUGUAUUAGGUUCCACUAGUCAGUGGCUCCAGUCAAUCACUGUGAAGUCGUUUUGUUUUCUCGGCUGUUCCCCCGUUUCCCCCGAAUUUCUUUUGUAGGCACAGCAAUAGUACACGAGGACCGGGAGAAAAUCUUACCGAAACCAGCAUAGCAAACGCCAAACCUUUUUACAGCAUCCGAACGGUAACAAACUGAGCCUUAUUUACAAACGCAAAAAUUACCAAGGCAAAAAUCCUGUACAGUCAUCAUUGUUUAACACGAUACACUCACGAUGGGACCAAGCCACACAUUCCUGUAUAGAUGCUGUAGAUCACACACACAUCCAGCAACGCAGCACAGAGCAAUCAGGAGUCAGUCAGUCGUUCGUACCGCAAACGCCGCUGAUCAACCAUCCAGUCUUAAUUCAGAACAUAGCAUGUCUUCAUUUACCUCGCUUCCUGUUCGACGCUAACCUCAAAAGCUACGUUUUCAUUUUCGUUUGGCUGAAGUGAAUAAACCUUGGGGUUUCAUUCUAAAAAAUUACUGCAACUUAGUCAUUUAUACAUAAAAAAAAAACAAAAGAAUUAUCUUAUAAAAUAUACACCAUGUCCACUGAGAACCAGUAAGGUCAGAUCCGUUAAAAAAAUGUUUUAAUUAUUUCUUAUACGAUUUAGUUUUGAUUUAUUCAUGUGAUUACUUACUUACCUUCUUAGCUAAAGAGCUAUCUCCAGUUUCCAGCCCUGAUUGUCACCGUGCAAAAGGGUUGGCUUUCUGCUCCCCGACGUGUGCGUGAAUACUGAUACUGAUACUACGGGGUGUGGUAGCCUAGUGGCUAAUGUGUUAGACUACAGAUCAGAAGGUUGCAAGGUCAAAUCCCAGGUCCACCAAGGUGCCAGUUAUGGGCCCCUGUGCAAGGCCCUUAACCCUUAACUCAGUUAAGUAUAAAACGAUGGCUGUGGAUAAAAUGCCGUAAAUGACGUCAGUGUGCUUGGUUUAUAAAUCUCCAGUACUGUGUCAUGCUGUGUUCACUGAUACCAAGCAAAACAUGAGAUCUCUCCCUUCUCUCUCUCUCUCUCUCUCUCUCUCUCUCUCUCUCUCCCUUAUCUCUCUCUGUCUCUCUCUCUCUGUCUCUCUCUCUCUCUCUCUCUCUCUCUCUCUCUCUCUCUCUCUCUCCCUUCUCUCUAUCUCUCCCUUAUCUCUCCCUUUUCUCUCUCUGUCUCUCCCUUCUCUCUCUCUGUCUCUCUCUCUCUCCCCCUUCUCUCUCUCUGUCUCUCUCUCUCUCCCCCUUCUCUCUCUCUGUCUCUCUCUCUCUCCCUUAUCUCUCUCUC